UUUGUAGCUCGCCUCCUUCUCAUCCCACUCACACACACUGUUAGAGCGCGGAAUUGACAACCUCUGGCCACUGUAGCUGUUGCGAGGCAGCCUGCUCUUUUCUCAGCUGAAGCUCUCAUUGACUCGGGUCUGUGUCCUAAUGCAAGGCUGCUGAAGAAGCUCUGAGAAUCAGGUGUUUACUUCUCUCUUUGAUCCUGACUAACUCAGAACCGACUCAUCAACGCGUCAUUACAGCAAAGCGCCUAAAGACAAGACUGAUAAAAAAUAAGUGAACGUUUAAUUUCAAGUCUUGUCACUGUCUACUAAUACUCUUCACAAUGUCUGGCGAUGAUGCACCUGCUCAGCAGCAAAACGCUGAGGAAACAAAGCAAGAGAAUAAACCCAGCGAGGAGCCGAAAGCUGAGUCCAAGCCGGAGUCACCACCAGCCAGUGCCACCGAGGCGGCAGCCACACCGGCGGCGACCGAGAAGGUCCCCGAGGAAGAGCAGUUCACCUACCGCUCCCUGGUACUUUCCGGCUACGGGGGCUAUGAUAAGGUGAAACUGCAGGUGAAGAAGGGGAAGCCGGCACUCAAGGCCGGAGAAGUCAUGGUGCGGGUCAAGGCAUGUGGGCUGAACUUUGCCGACCUGCUGGCCCGGCAGGGUCUGUACGACCGGCUGCCGUCCCCGCCUGUCACGCCGGGGAUGGAGUGCUCCGGGGAGAUCGAGGCUGUGGGAGAAGAGGUGACCGAUAGAAAAGUGGGUGACAAGGUGCUGGUACUGAACCGCUGUGGGCUGUGGCAGGAGGUGGCCGUGGUGCCCGCUACCCACACGUUCCUCAUCCCAGAGGGCAUGACCUUUGAGGAGGCAGCCGCCCUCCCCGUCAACUACAUCACCGCCUACAUGAUGCUGUUUGACUUUGGCAACCUGAGGCCCAACCAGAGCAUCCUCAUUCACUCUGCUGCAGGUGGUGUGGGCAUCGCGGCCACCCAGCUGUGUCAGACAGUGAAGGAUGUGACCGUGUUCGGGACGGCGUCAGCCAGUAAGCACGAGACCAUCAGCCAGGGUGGAGUCACGCACUGCAUUGACUACCGUACACGGGACUACGUGGAGGAGGUCCGCAAGAUCAGCCCCAAAGGGUUGGAUAUUGUGUUGGAUCCUCUGGGAGGCUCAGACACCCACAAGGCCUACAACCUGCUGAAGCCCAUGGGCAAGCUCAUCACCUACGGUGCGGCUAACAUGCUAGCAGGUCAGAAGAAGAACCUUCUGGCGGUGGCUAAGACCUGGUACCACCAGUUCUCCAUCCACACACUCAGCCUGAUCCAGAACAACAAGUCAGUGUGUGGCUUCCACCUGGGCUACCUGGACGGAGAGGUGGAGGUCAUCCAGCAGGCCAUGACCACCAUCCUGGACCUCUACAGGCAGGGCAAAAUCAAACCACGCAUCGACUCCACCUAUCACCUCGAACAGGUGGGCGAUGCCAUGCGGAGAAUGCAGGAGAGAAACAACAUCGGCAAGGUGAUCCUCAUCACUGAGCCUAUGCCAGAGGAGGAGAAGAAGGAGGAGCCUAAGAAAGAGGAGAAGAAGGAGGACAAGAAAAAGGAGGACAAGAAGAAAGAGGAGAAGAAGAAGGAUGACUCCAAGAAGGAGGACAAGAAAGAAGAGAAGAAGAAGGACGAGCUGAAGAAGGAGGAGGAGGAGAAAAAGGAGGAGAAGAAGGAGGAGAAGAAGGAGGAGAAGUGAGAGUGAGGGAGGGAUGGAUGGAUGGAUUGAUGGAUGGAUAGAUAGUCAGGCAGACAGACCAUCGGGGAGCUCGUUCUGGGAGCAGGGGUUUGGUUUGGGAGGGGGUGACAGGGCAGGGGAAAUGUGGUGGGGGAGGGAAAGGGAGGAGUGGUGUGUGUGGGUUGGAGUUGGUAGAGCGGGGGAUGGGGGUGGGCUUUACAGACUCAUUGCACAGCAGUCAAUCUGUCAUCCCUACCAUCCUCUCUCAGACCCCUCCCCAGUCCAGUCUGACAGCGAAUACUCAGGCCUGGGCCUAUACCCCCCCCUCCCCUCUCUCUCCUCCACCACUCAAGCAUGGGUCACUUUAUUUCUGAAUCCCUCACGCCCCCUCAUCCCCAGUGCACCUUAACGAUAGCCGAUCUCACAAAACAGCUCCCGCCCUCACCUCGCCACAAUGGGAAAAUGACCACUACUAUACGCUCUCCUUUGACUCAUGGCAUAACAGUCUAAAGGUGUUCCCUAUUGAGACCCCAGAGAGAGAGUCAGAGAGAGAGAGAGAGAGAGACACAGAGGGACGGUGUGGGUAUAAUGCCCAGGCCUGGGGCGCAUCACUGUUGCCUUGACAACGAUAGUUCGACCCAUUCCAACUCACACAGUGCCCCUCCUCCCUCCAUGCCCCUCUCCAUGUCGACUCCCACUGUGCUAGAUUGCCCUGCGCUGACUUCCACCUGCCACCUCUCCUACCUCCCCUCUCCCUCUACUGAAUUCCCCCUACCCUCCCCCUCUCCCUAUGGUAUAAACCCACAGACAGACAGACAGACAGACAGAACCACACCCACCCACCAUCUCACAUACGGUCCAGUGCUUUGUUAUGUCACUGUGCAUGAGUCAGUCAGUGUUUGCUUGUCUGUGAUUGGCUGUCAGCUCCCCUGGAGAUGUUUGCAUGGCUGUGUGAUGCUUGACUCCAAGGCCAGUGGUUACAGAACUCCCCAGUCAAUAGCCACUACCCACUCUUUAUUUAUGUAUAUAAAGAGAGGGUAGUGGCACAUCCCUUAAAUGCCAUGGCACUUCUAGUAUCACACAGCUCCCACCUCACAGCUGAGCCCACACUACAUAUCCCAUAAUCCUAGAGGUGACACACUAGAGACCAGACAAAAGUGUGUGACAGGAUGAAGCUCCAGACAGAGAAUUAAUGAGCCAUUUGGUCCAGUAUUAAAUAGGAAGGGAGAAAUCAGUGCUUAGUUUUGGUGCUCUAUAGUCACUGAUGUUUCUAAUGAACCAACUGUUGGCAAGCAGUGCACAGUGCCAAUUAGGAGAGAAAUGUGUUUAUCUUCAAACAAAGCGCACAAACACACACACACAGGACGAUGUGGUCAAAGAGGCAGUGUUGUGUAGAGACACUUAGACAUUUGAACUGAGUAAAAUAGAGUGAAUGCCACCCAGUUCCUUGAUAUCAGACCCUGUCGCUCCCUGAUCCUGCCCUGACAUUCAAUGGCAUUCCACUCCUUUCACAGUGACCGCUCGCCUGUCGUUCGCCCUGAUCUGGAACAGGGGAGUAAAAAAACUCCUGCUGGCGUGCAUUCUCACCCGUCCCUCCCCUUCUCCUUUCUCUCCUUUCUCCAUCUCUUUCUCUCGCUCUCUCUGUGGUCGGCAUAGCAACAGGCACCAGGCUCGUCAGAGAUGGCGUUGUGGUCUAUUUCUCUCUCUAUCUGGAGGGAGUGAGUGAGUGAGCAGUAUUAUAGAGCUGUAAAGUGUCUAAUGAAACCCAGGCUUUAGUAUUAAAGCUGUAGUACAGAGCAGUAAAAUCAGGCUAACAUCCUAGUUACUACACUCCAGAAAUAUUUAUAUUUGUAUCAGUAUAUUAUCAGGACAUUUAAAUCCCAUAUAGUCUGUGUGGUGGUGGCACACCAAGGGCCACAAUCAAUAAUUGGCCUCUCCCAUAAGAAUGCACUGCUGCCCCUUGUGGACAUAAUGUAGAACAGCAAGACUGGUUUUCAGAAGGUGAUUAUAGGGGACUCCUUUGUAUCAAUUAAGCAGGGUUUUGUUUUUGACCUCCUCUAAAUUAUAUUGAAUUCAUCUGAUAUUUCUUCUUACGUCAGAUAUUAAUUGUCUAUAAUAAACCAUGGACAGAAGCUAAACCUGUUAUGAGCAGGAGUCCUGCAGUACGGACUUCAAAAACACCCCACUACUAUCCCCUUUGGAAAGAUGUGAGAAUCCAUGCUCUUCACACACUUGCCUGCCUGUCUGCCUGCCUGCCUGUCUGUCUGUGAGUCGGACCAUUGGUGAAGAGUCUCAGAUGGUGACUAGUGACUUUGUAAGAAGUUGUUGUGUUAGUAUGAGUGGCCUCCCUCAUGUUGUGUGUCAGUCAUUGUGUGUGAAGAUGUGUGUGUCCUCAGGACGUUUGUCAGGUUAAAAAAAGACUCCCACCUGCCCCUCCUCACCGCCAUUACAACCUCCCCUUCCUUGCACUCUCUAUCUGCUUCACAGCUGUCUAGCUCUAAUCCUCUCUUUCUCUCUUUCUCUCUCUCUACCCCUCUCUGAUGAGGCCAAUGUUAAGAGGACAGUUGGUACUCCGCUCGCUGAUCGUAAUGCACUUCCAGGCAUGGCAGUCCCACUCCAGUCCCACUGGCUCUGAAUCGACUCCGCUCCUUCCCCACUCAGAGACCAUACUGUAUCUGCUGAAAAGUGACACUUUUGCAUGCACGCAAAACACAAACACAGAUCUCCUGCUCUACCCUGGGUGGCAGUUCAAAUCAAACCAUUAAUUCAUCCAGGGCUGCGAAAGUGAAAACCCGGUGUAGCGGGGACAGCAGUGGGGCUGGGAUGGAGUGUGAGUGCCAUGCCAGUGUGGGGAGUGACUGUGUUCUGUCAGGCUCUGGUUAGUGUUCUGUUCUGAUCUGCUGGGCUCCUUCUGUGAACCUGUGGACGGUGCUUCUGUUUUCAGAAUGCCAUGUGAGAAGCUAAUGCUUCAGUAAAAGGAUGUUUUACUUAAUAUGUUAUUUUAGUUUGUUUUACCUAUGUUUUUUUGUUUUGUUUUCCAAGGGGUUUAAAGUUCAAAGUUCAUACUCUUUACGCAGGGACCUGCCUAACUACAUUCCUUUUCAAUGUGAUGAGCCUUUCUGUUUGUGCCAAACUGAAUGUACUCCUCUGUCAAUGCCUUGACUACAACGGUGCGUUCAAUGAAAAAGAGAAGAAAAAAACAUUUCUGGAUACUUUUCCUAUGACCUUGUAGAAGAACAAAACCACAAAGAUGUGUUAAUCUGUGUAUGAUUUCUGUUCCAAAUGCUUAUGGGUGCUGAUAGAAUUUUGCUACAGUUUACAAAAGGUUCUAGUUGUUUCUGAUUGGUUGGGGUCUUGCUCUCGUGCCUCGAUCCUAACACACACACACACACACACACACACACACACUACCGCGUUGAGUGGCACCUCCCUCCAUAUCCAAACUCCUCACUGUGCUGAUCUCAGAUCAGUGAAAAACAGAGUAUUAUCAGGCCUCAGACAUCUACUAAAACAAACUGAUCCCACAUCAGUCGAUAGGCCUAUGCGUUUACAACCAUACCAUAUAAUCUCCAUAACUCCAUCCCAGUGAAGAGUGCAUGGACAAGGUGCAUGGACGAUUAGGCUGCACAGCACAGCACACAAACUAAAAUCCUCUUAGAAUUGCAACCAAAAAAAACAAAAAAGAUAAAUAAAACAGAUCCAUUCAAAAAUAUACAUGACCAGAUGAAUCAUUGAAUCAUGGAGCAUUUCUUUCAUCCUCCUCUCUCUAGUUUAGCUUUGUGAACACCACCAUACUCCAUUUUCUUUGUUUCUCUUAGCCUGAUUCCAAAUGGUUUGUAUGGGAAAAGAGAGAGUGAGGUAGCAGAUGUGUCCACACAGAUAGCUGUGUAGGGGAUGUCAUAGCGAGGCCAUACGGCACAGCUGCACCGAUGGAAACCCAGCUCUACCUCUGAUCUCAGCUCAGGCCUGGCCUGUCCCAGACGCAAUAUAUCCGCCCUAAAGCCGAUCCCAGUUCACAUACGACCUGUUUGUCUCAGACAUUCCACUAUCCUCUAUUGCACCUCGAGCUCUUUGAUUCUAGUCAAUUAUCAGUUAGCCAAAGCCCCGCCCUCUCCCCUCUCCAUACACACACAUCACAUUAACAUCUGGAAUUAAAUUGCUUGCAUCCAAUGGUAUGUGGUGCAGAGAUUAUAUGCCAUUUGAUACAAUGUUUUUCUUCCUGUUUGAUUGAACCAAAAUGUCUCUUAGAUGAACUCAGCUGCAGCACACGGGUGGCUGGGUGUUGUGAGUGGCUAGGGCCAGGGGUGUAACUGGGUGUCAGAGAGGGGAGGAUGAAUCUGUUGUUGGCUGUGCCUGAGCCCUAACCCACUCCUCCCAACCCCUAGCGCCCGAUUGCUUUUCCAGCUUGGUGAAUCUACGUUGUAUGUCAGCUUGAAUUGAUUUUCCAGCCAGACACACAUUCUUAUGCAAGAGCUCUAAAACCAGAGAUGAUCCUUCAAGAAACUAGGGCAUUUCAUGCAUUGGAAAACAUCACAGCGCCCAGCUAUAUUGUUCUAGGUAACGUGCUGAUUGUUUCUGGGAGUAAAAAACAGGUUUCCUUUGAUUUGCAGUCGUAAUAUGUAACUGUAAGUCGCUCUGGAUAAGAGUGUCUGCUAAAUGACUAAAAUGUAAAAAAUGUAAUAUCACUGUUUCAUAUGGUUUCUCACAGGUCAUUCCAAACAGCUUACUUUACUCUUGAUCAGAAAUAACUACCUUUGCAUCCACCUCAUGAGUACAUUUGUUCUUUGUUUCUCUGCCUCACACACACUAUACCGUUCUCCUUUCCAGUCUCAUGUCAAUCUCAGUGCUUGGUGGAGUGUAUUCCUAGUUAGAAAGAUAAUCCCAGACAGUCUGGAGAUUAUUGCCACAUCCAGAGCCAUACAGCCCCCACCCAUCCACCCCACACCCUUCCCUAAAAGAAAAUAACCCAACCGCUUCUGGCUGUCUCUGGCUCUUCAUUAGCAAUCACUAAAAACUGUUGCUAUGUGCCAACUACCAACAUAUUCCACAACUUUGUAGAAAUGCUGUGAGUGUCUGGUGCAUUUGGCUAGGUUUGUUACAAUAUGUACAGGACACUAGAAUCUGUGUGUAGGUGACCAGGAAAAAAGGCAUGAGUGUAUAGUUCACUAUUCCUUCCACUGUAUAGUUCAGUAGUGCUCUGUGCAGAGGGAGUCCCUUACCCUUUCCACCCUCUUCAUCAUGGUGCCAACAGCAGCCAACUCACUGCACCUAUACCUGCUCCAGCACCCCUCCCCUCGCCUCUCCUCACUGCACUCAUACCCACUCCCAGCCCCCCUGCUCUUCCCCAUCUGGCACUGUCAAGUCAGCCUCAUAACAAGAUGCACAUUAACCCAUCAAUAGGAACGCUUCAGAAAAACAGGUCCAUUGUCACUUUCCGUCCAGACAGCUCAGUUUCCACACAUGGUUUACUGUGAGACAACUACUCUACCUACAGGUUGAUUUGUUUGCUAGCUUUUCAUUCCUUCUCUCCUUCUCUCUAUAGUGUUGUUUUCCACUCUUCUACUAAGUUGUCUCCACUUUGUUUUUUAAACCCUUUGAAUUGAUGCUGUUUCUGUGCUUGACUCUGGGUUUACUGAAUACGUGGUGCACUGCUGUCCACAGUAUGGGCUCUAGAGCUUGUAAUGCUUCAGUGUGUAAUGUUACCAUAUGCCUUACAUGUUUUCCAGGACUAAUAAAAAAGCAUAACGGAAAAAAAGAA